CGGCCGGCUCGGUGGAUCGGGACGCGCUUCACCCGCGGAGCAGCAGCGGCGGACCGGCGUGACCAGCCACCGGACUCCUGAUCCCCGGUGAGUCGCGUCGCCAUGCCGACGCCCACGAUCCUCACGGCAACCGGGAGUCCUCUGAGAAGUUGCUAGGUUUACAACUGAGAGUAUCCACAGAGAGAGAGGCAGAGAGGUAAGGGGCCACUGCGGCAGCAUGAAGCGCCCGCCGUGCGUCACGCUGCCCUUUCCCGUUCCAGAGAUGCUCCUCCGGCGCCGCGGCGCCCUGCUGAUGCUCGCCCUGCUGGUGGAGACGGCGGCCGUGGGUGGAUGUCCGUGUCCGGCGGCCACCGUUCUGUCCCGGUUCCCCUCCGAGGUUCCCGCCGACGCCUGCUGCUUGAACUUCUCCGGCUCCGCCUUCGGCCACGUGCUCUGGUCCGCGCUCACCAACGGGACCGCCGUCGCCACCCUGGAUCUCUCCUCCUGCAACAUCAGUUCGGUCCUCGGCGGCGGCGGCGGCGCAUCGACCCUGCGGAAGGUUUACCUGGCUCGCAACGGCCUGACGGCGUUGCCGAGGGAGUUUCUGGCCGGUUGUCCCGGCCUGACGGAGGUGGAUCUGAGCGGGAACCUGAUCCAGGAGCUCCCCGAGGGGUUCCUCCGGGGCUCGGACCGCCUCCGGAAGCUGGAUCUGCGGGGAAACCGGCUCCGCCUCCUCCCGGGCGCUCUGCUGCAGAAGCCCCGCCUGCAGACGCUGCAGCUGGAGGGGAACCCGUGGGACUGCUCCUGCGCCUUGCUCGAGGGCCUGGAGGCCGGCAGGAAGCUCAACGGCACCGCCGCGCUGCGCGACCUGCUGGGGAACCUGACCUGCGUCUCGCCCCGGCGCCUGGCCGGCAGGGCCGCGUUGUCCGUGAGGCGGAGCGACGCCUGCCGCCCGGCCGGCCUCACGGCGCUCUUCAUCGUGCUCCCUCUCGUUAUCCUCGCCGCCCUGGUGCUCUGCUGGUGCUGCGGGAGGAAGAGGAGGGAGGCGCCCGUAAGCGCCUCGAAGAAGAGGAGGUCCUCCGGCGCCGCCUGCAACGGCCAGAAGCACCGCGGCAAGCAGAAGGCGGAGCCCGGUAGAGCGGCGGGCGGCGGCGGCGAGGGGAUCCCGGGGAACCAGCUGCAGCUGCGCCCGGCCGCCGCCCUUCUGGGCGGCACCGGGGACGUCUACGAGGAGGUGGAGGUCAAGCUGGCCGAGUGUCUUCCGCGAGCGUCCGGCUCCCCGGAGGGGGGGCGGGGCCCCCAGGGGACCGACGGGGCCGGCCAGGCGGACCUGGACUCGGUCAGCGUGACCGAGGUCAUGAAAGACUCGGCCGACCGGGAGAAGGCGUACCUGACCCAGUCCACCGAGUACUACAGCCUGGUGCCGGGGCUGCAGCUGGAGGACUCGGACCGCGGCGAGGACGAGGACGUCGGCCUUUCGUGACGAGGGUCCGACGCCUUGGGAAGCUCCUCACAGUGGACCGGAGGAUCAGAACCCUCCUCGGGUUCAACGAGCCCUGAAGACUGGAGUCUUCUUCAGUUUGUAGUUCCUUCAUAUUCAGAUUUCUUGAUCCCCUUUGACUCGUGAACUCUGUGAAAGCUGUUUAUUCUCUCACAGGUUAGAUGUUAGAGAUCCUUGUUUCAAGGGGCUUUAAGAGCGGCGCUGUCGCCCCGGGGCAGUUAGCUUAGCUUAGCAUAAAGACGGCUAGCUUCACUCACGCCAAAGUAAUCAAUAAAGAUGAAAGGCCGUCAUGGAUUCAACUAAUCAUCUCCAACAGGAAGGAAAGCAGCCUCAACCCACCGCUCUGCAGGGAGCGAGGGACCACUCAGGUCCGGGAGGAGGGUUCAUGUAGAAGGGUUCUAGUAGAAGGGUUCUAGUAGAAGGGUUCAUGUAGAAGGGUUCUAGUAGAAGGGUUCAUGUAGAAGGGUUCCAGUAG